CUUCUGCAUCACCUCCUCUCUCUCUCCACCCAUUAAAACCCUCCCUAACGUCCCCAUCUUCCCCCUAAAGCACUCUUCAUCUUCUUCGCUUCUUGACCAUGGAAUGCAAGACGUGGGUGCUGAAGGUUCCUAUCCACUGCGAAGGCUGCAAGAAGAAAGUGACGAAAGUGUUGAACAGCGUAGAUGGGGUAUCCACGACGACUGUAGACAUCGACCAGCAGAAGGUGACGGUUACCGGAGAUGUCGAUGCAGAUAGGCUGAUCAUGAAGCUCCAGAAGAAGGGAAAGCAUGCCGAAUUAUGGCGGGAUGAGGAGGACAGAGCUGGCAAGCAAGCCGCCGGGGAAGGCGAGAAGGGUUUCGGCAAGAACGAGAAGGCUGCCGCGAGAAAAGGCAAGGAGCACGCGGAUGGCGGUAAGGCCGGUGAAGGCAAUCCUGGUGGAAACGGCGGCGGCGGCGGUGGUGGUGGUGGUAAAAAGAAGGGUGGUGGCAGCGCCGAUGGUGGUGGUCCGAUGCCUGCAGAAUACGGGGCUCCCUCAGAGGCGGCACCGGCUGAUGGCGGUAACGCCGGUGGACUCAAUCUUGGCGGCAGCGGCGGUGGUGGUAAAAAGAAGAAAGGUGGUGACAGCGCCAAUGGUGGCGGUCAGAACUCCGGCGAGGGUGUUGCGGCAAAUGCUUUUGGUGGUGAGGCGGUGCCGGCGGAUGACGGUAAGACCGGUGGAGGUAAUCCUGGCGGCGGCCGCGGUGGUGCUAAAAAGAAGAAGGAUGGUGACAGCGCGGAUGGUGGUGGUCAGAACUCCGGCGAGGGUGGUCCGGCGCCUGCAGCAUGGGAGGCUCCGUUGGAGAUGGGAAACGCGGGCGGUGGUAGAAAGAAGAAGGGUGGUGUCAGCGCCGAUGGCGGUGCAGAAAAUGCUGUUGGCUGCGAUCAGGUGCCUCCAGCAUCCGGGGCUCCAUUGGCGGCGCCGCGGGCGGACGGCGGCUGUAAUCGUGGCAGUGGUAGUGAUAAAAAGAAGAAGGGUGUGGUCAUCGCCGAAGGUGGUGGUUCAAACUUUGGCGAUGAUGGUGCGCCAAAUACUGUUGGUCGCGAUCCCAUGCCUGCAGCAUUGGGGUCUCCCUGGGAGGCGACGGGUGGCGGUAGGCCCGGUGAAGGCAAUCCUGGUGGCAUCGGCGGCGGCGGUAGAAAGAAGGAUAAGAACAUUGGACAGAGCUCAGGCGAUGGUGGUGCAGCAAAUGCUGUUGGUAGCGGUCCGAUGCCUGCAGCAUCCGGGUCUCCCUGGGAGGGGAUGGAUGGCGGUAGGCCCGGUGAAGGCAAUCCUGGUGGCAUCGGCGGCGGUAGAAAGAAGGAUAAGAAGAUUGGUCAGAGCUCGGGCGAUGGUGGUGCAGCAAAUGGUGUUGGUGGCGAUCCGAUGCCUGCAGCAUCCGGGUCUCCCUGGGAGGCGACGGAUGGCGGUAGGGCCGGUGAAGGCAAUCCUGGUGGCAACGGCGGCGGCGGUAGAAAGAAGGAUAAGAAGGUUGGUCAGAGCUCAGAAGAUGGUGGUGCAGCAAAUGCUGUUGGUGGCGAUCUGAUGCCUACAACAUCUGGGGCUCUAAUGGCCAACCCGCAAGGCGGUGGCGCUCUCUUCUAUCCGGCGCCCGCCACAAAUUACAGCACUACGAGCCCCCAUCUCAGCUAUGGUGGGUUGUCGUACCCCCUCCCACCUUACGUCGACGUAUCCAUCACCGUGCCUUACGCCUCCAGCGGGGUCGUACGCUACGUUCCGCCGGGAACCAACCCGCGGCGGCUGGAGGAAUUGUUCAGUGAGGAGAACGCCACAGGGUGCUCGGUGAUGUAACGUACUCGUCGGAAAUUCCCCUCCGGCGGCAGUUAGCGACAACAAAGUCCCAUCUAGUUGUAUAUGCUUUUGGUCCUUGUGCUAUUUUUUCCCUCCUCUUUUUUGCCUUUGGAUAUGAUAACUUUGGUGACAUGUAGCUGCAUAAGGAAGCGAGACUUUGCUUAAUAAG